AAAUGAAUGGUCUCAGCGAAGUAUCAACUUAUAAAGAAGAUUCUUGGUCAACUGCUCUUAAGAUAUUAUCCAAAAAUUUGUUCCUCAAAUUAUGGGUCCAGUCACGGGUUAAUAUCAAAGAUUUAAUCAUGAAUACUGGAGAAGAGAAGACGGACGGUAUACUUCCUGUAGAGCUACCUCUAGUAUUUUUUGAAGCUAUAAUGUUCAACGACUUAAGACUAAUAUACAUUCAAAAUCAUAGCAACAAUGACAUUGAAGAAGCAAUAGAGUUCAAAACAUAUAAAAUAAUCACUCAGAAGGAACCUAUGACAUUUGAGCAAGACCUUAUUGAUUUUGCUGAAGAAAUGGUACAAUCAAGCGGUGGAGAUAACAACAAGACCAAAGAAAAGAAAUCAGAUGAGCCCGAACCAGAAGCUGAGGAGGAUGAAGAAGAACUCGAAGUAGACUAUGAUGGCUGAAGGGUUAUCUUAGCCAGGUUUUUCUUGAAUCCAAAGAUCCCUUACUAUUUAAUACCAAAAGAAGAUAUCAACGAUCGAUUGAAGCAGAUCAUGCAGAAACAAUUUUUGCAAGAAAAGAAGAAGCAAGAAAAGAAUGAAGAAAAUGAGGAUAAAAAAGAUAAAAAUAAACAAAAGAAAAGUUUAAAGAAAAACCAAUCUUUAAAGAAGCUUCGCUCAAAAGAGGCGCAGCCAUUAAACCCCCAAAGGAAGCCUGAGCCAGAACCAAAAGUACCUCCCAGAGAGGAUAAAGAAAUAAAAGAGACCAAGCCUAAAAGAGACCUUAAAGCCUACGUUGAAUCCAAGAAGAAAGAGGAACAGAAAGAAGAGAACAAAGAAAAUGAUGAAAUCAAAGUCAAAAGGAUCUCUCAGAUUAGUAAACCUAACUUCAUGCUUAAAUCUAAACUGAAGCCAAAGGAGGGUAUUCCUGAAGAGAAAAAAGAAGAUGGAACUAUAAAAGAGUCUGAGCGUGAAUCCACAGAGCAAGACGAUAAGAAUAAUGCAAGUAAUGACAUCUCUAUUGACUCGAAGAAUGAAAGUAUAAAGGAUAAUUUUAGUAUCAUAAAGCCAUCCCUCAAGACUCCAUUGAGAAAUAGGAGCCCAGUAGAUACGCCUCAAAAACAAGAGCUUACUGAGAAUCUUACCAUUAAGGAAGAUAUUAAAGCAGAAGAGAAGAAGGUUGCAUCACCUAAUGAGAAGAAGUCUGUCUUUGAGCUACCAACAGAUUCUCCUAAAAACUCAAAUAUAACCUUGGCCAAUAAGGAAGGAAAAGCAGACCAGGAAGAGACAAAGGCUGGAUUAAUGGAAUAUGAGAAAAAGAAUCUUGCUGAAAAGUUUGAAAAAGAGAAGUGCAAUAAGGAAGCCAAUGACUUCUUUGAGAAAGAGAAACAAUCUCAUAGCCAAGAACGGAAAGAGAAAGAUAAGAAGAAACAGAGUGCUGAAAAUUUAGGGAAGAAGACUAAGGAUGAUGUUAAAGUUAUUAAAUAAAACCAAUAUAAAGAAGGAAGACAAACCUGAUCUAAAUUCUGGCAGUUCGAUUUUGGCAAAGUCAAAGAUUUUGAACCAACCAAUUGACCCAAAUGCACCCAAAAAUGCCUCUAAAGUAGCUAGAAAGAAAUCAAUAAUCAGCAUUCAGAGGAGCUCUAUUGACACUGUAGAAGAUAAAACAAAGGAGAAGCCUGAAGAAAUCAAAUCAAAAUUAAAGAAUCUCCAUAAAGCCAAAGAAGAUGUUCAUAAAACUUCAGCUAUCAAGCAAGCUCUGAGAAACAACAAGGAUCAAAUCUUGGCCAAAAAGCAGGAAAUUGACGAUAAAAAGAGACAUAGAAGUGUUCAACCAAAUAAGAUCAAACUCAAGCCCAAAGUGUUAAACAAAAUCCCUGACCUUAAAGGCAUUUCUACUUGUUGAUCUCUAGCUUCCCAAGAAAAAGAAAAAAUUAAGAAAACCAAAAUUGAAAAACAGGAGAGAUCCAUUGACCAGAUGCGAGAAGAGAUUAAUACCUUCUUGACAGGAGAGAGAGCCAAAGCCAUGAAAGAGAUAUUUAGCUUUUAUUGUAAACAACAUGUACAAGGAGGCCCUUCUUCUACAUUUGAAGAUGUUAACAAUAAGACUCAUUCUAUGAACCUCGGAGAAUUCAUGAAAUUCUGCAAAGAUUUCAAGAUUCCUGCAGAAGUUUUCUGGCAAAAAUAAAUCAUUCUUGAAAUAUUCCAAUGGAAGUAAAGAUCUUAACUUCGAUGGAUUCAAGUUAUCUUCUGUGGAACUGUUCAAAGAUCAUACAAAGGAAAAACCAACUCUCAGCAAAAGACUACAAAGUAAAGUUCUAGAAAGCAAGAAUGGAAAGCCCACCCUAACCCUUGAAGGCAGAAGCAGCAAUAGGUCAAAAUCAACUAUGAGAAGGGAGUCUAUCAAGAGUAUUAUGAGUAUAAUGACUCCUAAACGUAAAGAUUCUGCAACAUUCAACUCUAUAUCAACAAAUAAAAAUACUUCUCGAGUUGUCUCUAAACUCUCAAAUUCUAAGAUCCUAGAUUCUCUUACGAACACUUCUCUAAAGAGCCUGAAUUCUACGCUUAAACAUCAUAAUGAUGGAAGGGCAUCAGAAACAAGUAAUGCAGAGAAUUCGAAGCUUGGGGAGAUCAUGGAUCAGGUAAAAGAAUAUGCCAACAACCAAAACGCUUUGAAUAAAAUGAACGAUCAUAUAAACCUCGAUGACAAAGAGAAAUACAGGAGUAAAAUAUCCGGAUUCAAGCCCAAAUUCAAACCAAAGAAAGCCCACUUAGUCAACAGACUCAAAAUGCUCGAAAAAGCACAGUGUACCAUUAAAAGAAGCCAAGCCCCCAAGAAGUCCCACGCAAGUCCUUCUACAGACACAAGCUUCGAGAAGAGUUACCAGGACUACAAGAAGAAGAAAGCUAAGGAUAAGCAAGACCAUAAAAUUAGAGAAUUAAUAGGCUUGCCCAAGAUUAAUAGGUAGAAUGUAAAGGUGAUGACUGGGUCAAUUGAAGUG